AUGGUCCCGGCGCUCUCCCCCUCAGCGGACCUGACAGACCUGUGCGGACAGACGUGGCAAGGGGACGCGCUACAGCUGCGCUCGCACUCGGCUUCGCGCAAGUUCUACUUCGUGACUCCAGACACUGACUGCAUGCUGUGGCUGCGUGCCGCAGCCCCUGAAGACAGGAUACGCUUCCAGUUCCGCUUCUUCCUGGUCUAUAGCCUGUCCUCGGCCACCCGGACCACCGCAGCCACCCUGACCACGGCGGCCACCCUGAACCCCAAUGCGUCUUCGCGCGACCAGUGCGCACCCGGCUCCUACCUGCAGUUCUACGACGGCCCGCAGGGGGCGCCCCGAGUUCUGGGACACCCGACCUGCGGCCUGACCAUUCCUGCCCCUAUCACGUCCUCUGGACCCUGGCUUGGCCUGCGCUUGGUCACCAGGGGCCGUCACCCCCGCGUGGACUUCUUGGGCGAGGUGACCUCUUUCCGCCUGGGGUCUUGUGGCACCUACUUCCGGUGUAGGAAUAGCAGGUGUGUGCCCCAGAGCCUGCUGUGUGACGACUGGGACAUGGACAACUGUGGUGAUGGCAGUGACCAGGACUCCCAACCCCCGGCCAGCUGCAGAAGUCCUUCUGUGGUACCCAAGCAGACCCCGAGAAUGGAAGGUGACAGUUCCAGGCCUCUGACUCUCCUCUCGGCUCUCGGCUCUGCAGCGGAGAGGACCUCUCCAGCAAGUCUGGCACCCAUCACACGAGAAGUGCUGGAAGGUUCCUGGAUCUGGUGGGGGGCUCUGGCCUCUUCAAUACUAUUGAUCUCCACUGGCCUCCUCUGGUGGUGCUGCUGCUGCCCAGGCUGGCUGGUCUGGCACCCAGGUGCCCAUAGGCUCUGCCUCAGAUGCUGCACAGCCUCCAAUACCUGCCACCUGUGUCCUGGCCGGGUGGCUCCUGGGGAUCUGUGGCUGACCUGGCCAGCUUUCCAGAACCAGGGAGGCCAUCCUUAA